AUGCCUCCUGCUGACCCGCGUGCGCUCCCUCCAGACCUAAUCCCAGGCAAUGGGAUUAGGAAUGGAGCCCAGCAGCCCGCAAAUCUAGGUGACCCGGGCAUGUACGGCGAAACCUGCCAGACCCAUUCCCCAACCGAUGUUCCAAGUCCUUCCGGCGGUGGGACAGGGACUCCGUGGAACAACUCACCGUCCAUUGGCGGCGGUGCCUUCGAUAGCGACACUUACCAUGCACCUAAUAUUCGCACAGGCCGGGGACAACAUUCCUCUCAUAAUCAACAGGGCGGACCAGGCACACGUGAUCGGUCAUUUCAGAAUGGAGGAUCCGGCAGCAAGUCUCCUGGUGGCAACUCCAGGACGUGCAGAAGAUGCGAGGAACCGUUACAGGGUCAGUUUGUGCGGGCAUUGGGUGGUACAUUCCAUCUAGAAUGUUUCCAGUGCAAUGACUGCGGUGAUGUCGUCGCGUCUAAAUUCUUUCCGCUUGAUGCUGAGGAUGGAAGUGGUCAGUAUCCCCUCUGCGAGACGGAUUACUUUCAACGCCUGAAUCUUCUCUGCUAUGAAUGUGGUGGUGCUCUCCGCGGGUCAUACAUUACUGCCUUGGAUCGCAAAUACCACAUCGAACAUUUCACCUGUUCCGUCUGUCCAACUGUCUUUGGAGCACAGGAUAGCUAUUAUGAGCACGAGGAAAAAGUCUAUUGUCAUUAUCAUUACUCCACCCAGUUUGCGCAGCGAUGUAAUGGCUGCCAAACGGCUAUCUUAAAGCAGUUCGUCGAGAUCUUCCGCAAUGGCCAGAAUCAGCACUGGCAUCCGGAGUGCUAUAUGAUUCACAAGUUCUGGAACGUCCGGCUUGCUCCAAACGGCCAGGAGUUUGUCCGUCCAGAACUAGAUAUCGAGGCGACGGAUGAGGAUCGUGAAUUCAUCAGGAAGCAAGAAGAUAAGAUGGAGGAGAAAGUCUACCGGAUUUGGAGCGUGCUGUCCACUUUCGAAGAAUCCUCUGCUGCUUGCAUAUCGGACAUGUUAUUACAUGUCAGUAAUGGCGCUUACGUUGAUGGCGUGGUCGUUGCGAAACGGUUUAUCUUCCAUGUGGAUGUCCUCUUCAAAGCUCUGGAUAGCCUUGCUGUUGCUAUAUCAUCUAGAAAGAUGAAAGAUCUGGCUUAUGGUCGAGAAGCAAAACUUCUUUGCAAAAAAAUUGUCGCAUUUUUCGCAUUACUUUCCAAAACUCAGGAGACCGGUGUUCGGAAACUUGGUGUCACACAAGAGCUACUUGCACUUGUGACUGGCCUUGCCCAUUAUUUGAAACUUCUGAUUCGGAUCGGCUUACAGGGAGCCUUGAAAUUGGAAAGGGAGAGUGACAACCCGGACGAGCUGUACACAUUCUUGGAGAAGCUUGACGCCUUGGGUGAUGUGGACGCUAUUUCGGCUGCCAAUCUCACAGAUUCCAUGUCACGCCUCUCGGACCAGCAGUCCGAUUGCUGUGCUGCCUGCAAAGACCCCAUUGAUGACGAGUGUAUCAUUCUGGGACAGCGAAGAUGGCAUUUAAAACCCCCCCACCUUGUCUGCGGUGCUUGCCAAACUGACUUGACGGUGGACCUGUUGGAUGCACGGUGGAGUGAGGAAAAGGAUCGACCGUUCUGCCGUACAUGUGCUGAACACAAAGGCCACGCUCCAGGUGGUAAAAAAGGGUUUUCCUAUGUUACCAAGUUGCAGCAGUAUGUUUUCCUGCUGCAGGUGGCUCUUGCAAGGCUGCUCUCUGUUUUACGGUCGGGUGGCACUCUGCCACAUACGUCAGACGAUCCGAAUCUGAAGAACUAUGAAGCCAAUGAUGGUCAUAGGAUAUCACCCAGCGGGGAACUCCAGACCCCUCAGCGAUCGAACACUCGAUCGAGAUCCUACGGGGCAGGCGUGUCAGAUGAGAACACUGGAUCAUCCUCCCUGGAACAAACAGUUGGUGAGAUAAAAAGACUCCAUUCAACCCGAACGGAACGUACACUCUCCACAACGUUUAAGAGAGCUCGAGCUUCGCGGAUCAUCGAUGGUCCUCAGGGCAGAUCUGCACGACCAGGUUCACCCAGCACCAGUGGACCGGAAGUUAAGAAUCCAGGCUUCCAGAUCGUUGAAGAAAAGGAUGCCGCUGGCGAAUCAAUUACAGAUCUGACAUUUGGAAACCAAGACGCACUAACCUUGGAUGAUAUUCCGAGGAUCGUAGCUGCUGAGCAAGCAAAGGAGCAGCGGCCUAAUGCAUUUCGUCAUGCAGGGACUAGUCUUGUUGGAGCUGGUGGGCGGCCUGCCAAACUUGUAAAUGGUCACAAACGGGAGGUGUCCGGUCCUGGAGAUACUAGGGGUGGCACAGCUCCAAGAACCACGAAGUACUUUUCGGAAUUGUCUGCGCUGGAAUACUUUAUUGUCCGCCACGUUGCCGUUCUGUCUAUGGAACCUCUUCUUGAAGGCCAUUUCAAUCUGGAGGAGCUUCUUGGGCUUAUUGAGUCGAGAAAGCCUACUAUCUGGAACAUAUUUGGGAGAGCGUUUAAGAACGAUGGCCGUAAAGGUGGUAAGAAGAAGGGUGUCUUUGGCGUCUGCUUGGAUGCGCUUAUUGAGAAAGAUGGGACAGAGUCAACACAUGGCGUUGGUCCUGGUACCUUGCGUAUACCUACUUUCAUCGAUGAUGCCAUCUCUGCCAUGCGACAGAUGGAUAUGUCAGUCGAGGGCGUUUUCCGGAAAAAUGGUAACAUAAAACGACUCAAGGAGACUUCGGAGAUUGUAGAUACGAGGUAUGAACAGGCGGAUUUUAAUAAGGAAAAUCCUGUUCAGAUUGCUGCGUUGCUUAAGAAAUUCCUUCGGGAGAUGCCUGAUCCUCUUCUCACGUUUAAAUUACAUCGUCUAUUCCUUAUUUCCCAAAAAGUAUCGGAUCCCGAAAAACAACGGCGGAUUCUCCACUUGACAUGUUGCCUGUUACCCAAAACGCAUCGUGAUACCAUGGAAGUUCUCUUCUCAUUUUUGAACUGGGCUUCAUCUUUCUCCCAUGUCGAUGAAGAAUCCGGAAGCAAAAUGGACGUCCACAAUAUCGCAACUGUUAUGACUCCUAACAUCCUUUACGGUAGAGAGAAAUCGGCGGGUAUGGAGGAUAGCUUCUUGGCAAUCGAAGCCGUCACUACAUUGAUAGAAUACAACGAUAGCAUGUGUGAGGUUCCACAAGACCUCCAAUCCAUCCUGACAGACUCGACUCUUUUCAACGGCAGCGCCGAAAUCACAACGAAAGAAAUCCUUAAAAGAUACGGGGAUAUAGGCAAAAUAGCCACUCCGCAACGAGCACCUACCACCGUGGCAGCUACCCCAGUACGAACCGGGUCAGGUCGUGCAGUAAACCCACCCGUCGCCACGCGAAUUGACAAGGAUCCAUCUCAAGCCAACGCAUGGCAGAUGCAGAGCUCCGUUCGGCACGUACAGCCGCCUGCACCUGGAGCUCCCUCACAAGCACAGGGUCCAGUCUCACCACAGCAGGCGUCAUCGCCGCCUGAAUAUGAUUACGGCAGUCAACGCCCGCCUCAGUUCCCUGGCCGGAGUGCCAGUGGAGAUUCGUAUACAAGCCAGGGCCCAUCGGGCCAGCCGGUGCAACAACUGAAUCCGCAACAACAGCAGCAGCAAGUGGCGUCUAGACAGCGACCAGCUGCCGCUGCUGGUCCCAUGCUUUAA